GGGGGCUCUUGCAAGGGCUGCACUGGGUGUUUUCCUCCUGGGGGAGGGGGUCGGGAGAGCUUUGGGGUGAUUCCUGGGAAAGUGAGGAAUGGAGAGAACCGGUCAGCACCUGGAGAAAAGGAGGGUUUUGGGUGUGCUACAGAUUGGGGAGGUGGAAAGUCUCAGCUAGUGGGCUCUCGCCUGGUGCAUUUCUGCACAUUACUGAGCCCUGUCCAGAGGGGAGAGAUUCACAGGAUCGUAGAAUUGGGACCCCGAGGAUCGUCUGGUCCAAGGAUUUGGUAGAACCUCCAAGUUGGACAGCCUCUGGCAGAACAGGGAGAGGUCUUUUGGGCCCAGUCGGAGACUUCCUUAGAAUAGAGAUCAAGGAUGGAAAAGGAAGAUUCAAAUGCCCACGAAGCAGGAAGAAGUCCUUGUACAAACCAGGCUGGCAGCCCCAGGGAAUUCUGGGAAAGAACAGUGCAGAAGGUCCUGGGGAAGGAGGACACACUCGGCUCAGAUGUGCAGCGCCAGCGUUUCAGACAGUUCUGCCACCAAGAGGCCAAAGGGCCCCGAGAGGUUUGCAGCCAACUCCACUAUCUCUGCUGUCAGUGGCUGAAACCAGAGCGACACACAAAGAAUCAGAUCCUGGACUUGGUGAUUCUGGAGCAGUUCUUGAUCAUCCUCCCAGAAGAAAUUGAGAGCUGGGUAAGGGAAUGUGGAGCAGAGACCUGUUGCCAGGCAGUGGCCCUGGCCGAAGGUUUCCUCCUGAGCCAGGCGGAGGACACGAAGCAGGAAGAGCAUCAGGUAAAGGGUCCAUUUGCAGAAGUGUCUGAAGAUUUCUUUGCAUCGGAGAAGGUUCUGUCAGAGACCAGACACAAUCUCUUGCAAAGGGAUAAUGCUCAGGAGAUAGACAGGCAUGCUACCUCACUGGGUGAUGAAAUGAGGCUGGCAAGACCUCCUCGGGCUCCUCCUUUUUGCGAUGGACAAGAAGCAGCUGGUGUGGAACCGGAUCAGGGUCUAGGGUUGUUUGAGGCGUUUUCUGUGUAUUUUACCGAGGAGGAGUGGGGACUGCUGGAUCCUGACCAGAAAGCUCUGUAUAAAGAAGUCAUGGAGGAGAACUGUUACAGAACCCAUUACAAAAUCCACACAGGAAGGAAACCAUACAAAUGUUUAGAGUGUGGAAAGAGCUUUUGUCAAAGUUCGGACCUCAUUACCCAUAAAAGGACCCAUUUAGGGGUGAAACCAUUUAAAUGCUUGGGAUGUGGAAAGAGCUUCUGUCAGAAGACACUUCUUGCUACCCAUCAAAGAAUUCACACGCAGGAGAAACCGCAUAAAUGCUUGGAUUGUGGAAAGGGCUUUCGUUAUAGUUCAGCCCUUAUUACUCACCAAAGGAUCCACACAGGCAAAAAACCAUAUAAAUGCUUGGAAUGCGGAAAUAGCUUCUGUCAGAAGAUAAGUCUCAUUUCUCAUCAAAGAAUUCACACAAGGGAAAAACCACAUAAAUGCUUGAAAUGUGGGAAAAACUUCCGUCACAGUUCGGCCCUAACUACCCAUCAAAGGAUCCAUACAGGGGAGAAACCAUAUAAAUGCUUGGAAUGUGGAAAGACCUUUCGACACAGUUCUGCCCUAACUACCCAUCAAAGGACACACACAGGAAAGAAACCAUUUAAAUGCUUGGAAUGCGGAAAGGACUUUUGUCAGAAGAUAAAUCUCACUAGUCAUCAAAGAAUUCACACAGGAGAAAAGCCAUUUAAAUGUUUGGAGUGUGGAAAGAGCUUUGGUCAGAGGGCUUACCUUACUUUCCAUCAGAGAAUCCACAAGGGGGAGAAACCACAUAAAUGCUUGGAGUGCGGAAAAAGCUUCAUGCAGAAGAGAAGGCUCACUUCCCACCAGAGAAUUCAUACAGGGGAGAAACUGCAUAAAUGCCCGGAAUGUGGAAAGAGCUUCUGUCAGAAAGCAGAUCUCACUAUUCACCAAAGAAUUCACACGGGGGAGAAACUACACAAAUGCCUGGAGUGUGGAAAGAGCUUCACUCGGAAGACAAAUCUCACAAUUCAUCAGAGAAUUCAUACGGGGGAGAAGCCACAUACCUGCCUGGAGUGUGGAAAGGGCUUCAGUCAGAAGGCACAUCUCACUGCACACCAAAGAACUCACACAGGGGAGAAGCCACACAAAUGCUUGGAGUGCGGAAAGUGCUUCACAGAGAAAAGAGCUCUUACUUCUCAUCAAAAAAUCCACACGGGGGAAAAGCCACAUAAAACUUUCGAGCGUGGAAAGGUCUUUCACCACAGUUGCAACCUUAUUACUAGGCCUACCCAAGGCAGAACGACUGGCAGUAGCAACAGCUGCAGCAACAGAGGCCUGACUGAUUUGCCCCCAGUCAUAUUAGUGCAUCUUCCUCCUCCUACUGCUUGUGUUGGGCAGCAUCAGCCACCUCUCCCAAUUCCUCACUUUCCUGAAUCUUCUGGUAGUGGGGACAAACCUCCUCCUACUGCCGGGGUGUUGUUUGAGGAGGCAGGAGGCACUGGCAACAGCAGUCUUGCAGAGUCACCCACUUUAGUGGAAGAAGGGAGAGAGCUCAGCCCACUGACGGACAUCAGCUUAUCUGAGGAAGUGUCCGUAUUGGGUGCCCUCAGCUUGAUUGAAGGGGAAGAUCUCCUCCCCUGCUCUUCCCUAGGCAGGAGUGCUUCUGUCUGGAACACUGUGGAGCAGCAGGAACACACCCCACCCGUGCCACGAGAGGGCACCUCCUACGGUUCCCCCCCUGCUCCUGGGGUGGCGCUGACCCCCCAGACCAAAGGCAGCCAGCCUGAUUCACCACAGAAGCGGCAGAGCAUCGUGUGGGACCACUUUGAGGUGGGAGUGGAUCCCAGCACCGCCGUCUGCCGCCACUGCAGGCGGGUCAUGAGCAGGGGCAGAGACGCGGCACAUUAUAGUACCAGCAGCCUGCGCUUGCACUUACGGAGGCAGCACCCGUCCAUCGUGCUAGGACCACAGGAAGACAAGUCCCAGCAGUCAGGGAGCAAGGGCAAAUGGGGGGCAACCUAGUGCCAGGAGUAAGGGCAGAGUCCUCUGCCGAAUCUCUGUCUCCCCAACGCCAAGAAACCUACGCAGGCAACGGUGGGGAGGAGGUGGGGAAAGGGAGGUGGCCACGAGGUGGAGGUUUCGAACACCAGACCCGAUCAGAAAAUGCAUGGAAAGCUGUUGUGAUGAAAUGGAUUGGCAUCAAAACCAAAAUCAUACACACGCAAUCAAGUGUUUGGUAAGAGUAAUUUAAAGUAACAAUAAAUAAUAAACAUGGAAUUAAUAAACUUAAUACAACAAUUUAGCCAAAUAUGUGCAACGUAUCAAAACUACUUGGCGUCAAAUGCUUCUUGGCCUUUAGGUCUUCUAGAGUGGUCUUCAUUACAUAUCUGUAUGUACACAGCCACUUUUGGGCUUGAAUAUCAGAUGCUGGAAAACAGUUUACAAAUAAUGGCAAAUAUGUGUAUCUAAUAGCCUUGGUUAUAUCUAAUAAUAUUGAUUCUAUAUUUGCAGGUGUUACACUGCAUGGGUAUUUUUUUUAAAUUAUUUGCUACGUUAAAUUAUUCUUAAUGAAUAAUUGGUUGUGUGUAUAUGAUUUAAGGUGUUAUCCCAGGCGGUUGUUUCAGAACAACCUGAUGGCUCUUGUGGUCUUAUUUUAUGCACUAUUGUGUCACACGACCUUAAGCGGGAAAAUUGUGCCCUCCCAGUGUUAGGCAUGCAGGGAGAAAGUGUGUUCCCUUGUAGGCAGGAUUGCCAUGCCCAUAUAAGCCUACGUGCCUCCUAAAUUCACUCUGCAGCAUGGGUGCUGUUACCAGUGCCACAUAAUCCUUGUUUCUUAGUUGUUAAAAAUCAAUAUUUGAGUGCAGCAGCAUCUACACAUUGGAACUGCCUGCCUAUUGACACCAGACAGAUGCCUUUGCUGUACUCUGUUUUGCUCCUGCUUAAAACAAUUUUAUUUAGGCAAGCCUAUCCAGACACUUAGAUGUUGAUGUCUUUGAAUCCUUUUCACUCUUAAUUUCAGUGAUCUGUAAAUGUUUUCAGUUGUUUUGAACUGUUUUCAUUCAUACUUUUGAUGCUUCUUGAAACCCACCAAGAGGUUUUACUACAGUUAUACAAUUUUUGUUAAAUA